UUCCAGAACCCUCGCCAAGAUUUUUCUUUGUUUUUCAGGAUAAGGCCCUGUUGAUCCUCUCUCUCUCUCUCUCUCUCUCUCAGAGUAGCCAUGGCGGUGAUGUCGACGGACCUGGCUACCACCUUCUUGGGCUUCGCCAAGCGCCAUGUAGCCAUUGCAACGGUCCGUCUUCGGCCAGCUUUGUUCGCCCGUACCCGCGCGCCUUCCCAUAGAGCCCUUACUCGGGUUGCCGCUCCGUCAAUCAGUGUCCGCAUGCUGAAAUCUAAGGCAGCAACUCGGCGGUUCACCGCGUCUGCGGCGUCGACGGCAGAGGAGAACUCAGAUGUCAUGACGAAGAUCCCUCCGGAUGAUCGCAUCCCGGCCACGAUUAUCACUGGGUUUCUUGGCUCUGGGAAGACAACCUUGUUGAAUCAUAUCUUGACGGCUGACCAUGGAAAGCGCAUAGCAGUUAUUGAGAAUGAGUAUGGUGAGAUCGACAUUGAUGGUUCAUUAGUUGCUGCAAAAACUACUGGAGCUGAAGAUAUAAUCAUGCUUAACAAUGGCUGUCUUUGUUGUACUGUAAGGGGUGAUCUUGUUCGAAUGAUAUCUGAAUUGGUUGCAAAGAAGAAAGGAAAAUUUGAUCAUAUUGUUAUUGAGACUACAGGAUUGGCCAAUCCAGCACCUAUUAUACAAACAUUCUAUGCGGAGGAUAAUAUUUUCAAUGAUGUUAAGUUGGAUGGUGUUGUCACUUUGGUUGAUGCAAAGCAUGCAGAUCGUCAUUUGGAUGAGGUUAAGCCCAAAGGCGUGGUUAAUGAGGCCGUUGAACAGAUAGCUUAUGCGGAUAGGAUUAUAGUAAACAAGACUGAUCUUGUUGGUGAGUCAGAAAUCUCAUCAUUGGCCCAAAGGAUAAAGACCAUCAAUAGUAUGGCUAAUUUAAAAAGAACUGAGUAUGGAAGAGUUGAACUGGAUUAUGUCCUUGGGAUCGGUGGCUUUGAUCUAGAGAGGAUUGAGACUGUUGUUAAUGAAGAAGGUUCAAAGGAGGAGCACCAUGAUCAUGGACACAGUCAUCAUGAUGGUCACCAUCACGACGACCAUCAUCAUCAUCAUGAGCAUGACCACAAACAUGCUGCAGAAAGAUUCAUAAACCUUGCCUUUUAAAUUUAUUUUUGGCUGACACCCUACACUGUCAGCUGAUCAAGGUGUAAACAAGCUGAGAUUGAGUGAGGCAAUUCUAGCUCAAAUUCCUGUACCUAACUUGAGCUCAAGCCCAUCUUUUUCAGUCUUGUGCCAAGCUCGAGAUGUUCAAGUUCAGCUCAAGGCAAGCAAAUUAGGAUAAUUCAGAAAAGAAAAACUUGUUCACCCCAUAACCAAACCCACUGACCUUAUUUGUGUGUAAGCUGGUUUGCUCAUUUGCCAGCUAUAUGCAUGUGCAAAUAAUUAUACGAUAGAUUCAUAAUAAAGUGCUGUUAACCAUGUGUAUGGGCAAUACUAAAAUGGAAAAAGCAUAAUUGUUUGAACAUCUACAUAUUUGUGUGUGUGUGUGUGUGUGUGUGUGUGUGUUUGCCUGAACUUUUUUGCCAAAGGAACUGAAAGGCAUGGCUUCUGGGAAAGAUACUUGUGUAAAAGCUUCAAAUUAGGAUUUAAGUAAGAUGUAAUUUUUGGCUUUUGUAGGGGUUUUGUGAUUGAGAUGACAAAUAUUAGUUUUUUUUUUGCUGGAAGCUAAUGAGCUUUGUGCUGCAACCAGGGGGCCAUACAUUAUUUCAUUCUUGGCUGUUUUGAAAGUGAAAGUAGAAUUGUAUAAGCGAACCACAACUUAGAACUCUCAGGAAAGUUCUUCAUACCAUACUGUAAAAAAUAAAUUAUAGAGUAAUAGAAUGAAAAUUUUGUUUUGUCUUUUGUUCUUCUUUUAAUAACUGCUUUUAAGUAGAUUGCCAUUUCAAGAUGGGUAAGACAUAAGAAGGCUUGAUUUUAUUCUGAAGAGAGUUCCGAAAAUGGUUGUGGCUAGAGAGUCUUGUAUUUGAUUAGAAGGAAUUUGUUUAUUUGUUUCAUUUGCACCUUUCAACAGCAAGUCUCUCACACCUCACAAUAUUUUAUUUAUGAGAUUGCACUUCAUGCUUUUAGCAUUUUGUAAUUAUCGGUGUUUUAUCCCUAAUA